AAGGUUUCACAGUUAUACCACAAACUCAUAUAGAGUUAAAUUAAGAUGGCUAUGUUACCAAGCAAGCGCCUAGUUCUGGUUGCUUUUCUGUUACUUUGCUUCAUCUCCAUGACAGCUAGAGCCAGAAGUUUGCGUGAGACUGGGGUUGGAGCUGAGAAGGGUCAACGUAAUCUGUUUAAGUUGAACCAUGAAGGGGCACAAGACAGCAGUGAUGAGUUGGAUACAAUGGAUUAUACGCCUGCAAAGAAGAAGCCACCAAUUCAUAAUUGAAGUCCUUUUUCUUAGAAAAACUUUUGGUAGAAAAGCACCAAUCCUCAGUGCUUAAUUAAACUGUGCAAUUCUAUCUAUGACCUUCAAUGUGUAGAUAUUGUUUGAACUUUGAAGCUAGGAAAAUCCACACUUAAAUCACCAACUUGUGCUGAGAAAGCACCAGUCUAGCUGUUGCGUAACGAUAUAUUAGAACUCACGUGUAAAUAGUUGUGAGGUUAUGAGAAUGUGAGGGGAGCAUACUGGGUGGAGUUUUCAAAGUUUUGAGCAGCAUCAGACACUGAAAAUUGCUUCUUAAUUAUCGAAAAAUCUAAUAUAAUACGGGAGUAGAUAUAUCUGAAGAAUAGGAGUGCACCACGUCAGCUGCAAUUGUCCUGGAGAGAACAAAAAAAAAUUAUACUUUAUAUUAUGUAUUACAGGUAAUACAUAAUGUAAAGUCAAUGUCACAUCCAGUUUUUGAUGCUGCCGUAGUACCCAAGAUGUGCUCUUUGAUUAGACAUUUCAGUCACCAAAAACAUAUGCUUAAUAUUAAUAUAUUCACCAGACUUAUCCCUAU